AUGAAUAUCCAUGAUAAAGUUUUUUUUUUUUUCAUAAUCAAAUCUCUCUCUCUCUCUCUCUCUCUCUCUCUCUCUCUCUCUCUCCAUUUUGUAACUCUCUUCCAUGGAAGCAAGAUCACAAACCCCACCACUUGAUCAUCAUCAAUCAUCUCUCACCAUGAACCCUACCAACAAUGAUGACACAAUUGACAUUGAAUCCAUUCAUGAUCAUCAAGAAGAAACUCAACAACAACAACAUCAAAAUCAACCAUCAUCAAUCAACACCAACAAAAACUACCUGCAUGCAAAUGAUCAAAAAUCAGUCACAAACAAAAGGUACAUGCCCCUUUUGAUAAUCAACUAUCUCUUACUCUUUGUUGGUUCAAUCUCAUCAAGUUUACUCUCAAAAUAUUAUUUCAUCCACAAAGGUUCAAGCAAAUGGGUUUCAACUUGGGUUCAAUGUGCUGGUUUUCCUCUCUUAAUCAUCCCAAUUUUUCUCCCUAAUCUUCUUAAUCUCACUAAAAGAAUACCCUUUUCAGAUUUCACAUUAAAAAUGUUAACUUUAUCAUUUUUUGUUGGAAUCAUGUUAGGGUUUAACAAUCUUUUAAUCUCAUGGGGUGUUGCAUAUCUACCUGUUUCAACCUCAGCACUUUUAUUAUCCUCACAGCUUGUUUUCAAUCUCAUUCUCUCAGCCAUCAUAGUGAAACAAAAAAUCACUUUUUCAAAUCUCAAUUGUGUUAUUCUUCUCACUUUGAGUUCAAUCAUUCUUGCAUUGAAUUCUAGUAGUGAGAGACCAAAAGGGUUAACAAAAAAAGAAUACUUUAUUGGAUUCUUUUGCACCAUUAGUGCAGGGUUGUUAUUUGCACUUUAUUUGCCAGUGGUUGAAAAGAUUUAUAAAAAAGUUUAUUGUUAUGAAAUGGUGAUGGAAAUGCAGCUUAUAAUGGAGAUUGCAGCGACGGUUUUAGCGUCGAUAGGUAUGGCGUGGGACGGAGGAUUUAAAGAAAUGAAGAGAGAAAGUGAGGAGGUUUUUGAUAAGGGAAGUAGGGUUUAUUGGGUGACGGUUAUGUCGAAUGUGGUGACGUGGCAAUUUUGUUUCAUGGGAACUGCUGGGAUGGUGUUUUUGACAUCUUCAUUAACUGGUGGGAUUUGUAUGACAGCUUUGUUGUCUAUGAAUGUGUUGGGUGGUGUUUUGGUUUAUAGAGAUGAUUUUGGUGGUUUGAAAGCUGUUUCAACUGUUUUAUGUAUGUGGGGAUUUAGUUCUUAUGUUUAUGGUAUGUAUGUUAAGAUGUUGGAAGAGAAAGGGAAGAAGGUGAAGGAGAGCAAUGAUUCAUCAUCCAUGGAGUUGAUUAGUAUGAGGAGGAGUGGAGGUGCAACUAUGGUUCAAUAAUAGGCUGAUGGAUUUCCUGCAGUAAACUACAGCACGCAGUAAUUGAUCAGAGUCAUUCGAUAUUAAAUUGGCGGCCGAUAUUGCAUUGUAGUAAAAAACUAAAUCUUUAAUUUAAACCGUCUAAUUUAAUAUUAAUGACUGAGAUUUAGUACAACGUGUAAUAUUACUGCAGAAAAUCUAGAUCUGAAUAAUAGUAUUUCUUAGGUGAGUACGUAGUGAUGAGUAUGUAUAUGACAUAUGGUUAUAGUCAAUUAAAAAGUUUAAGAUGUAUGUGAUAUAUCAAAGUUUAUAUUGAACAUAUAUUUGUAGUAACUUAAACUUUUGAUUGUAAUGAAUAAAAUUGUACUCAUCAAUGUGAAUUUAAGAAUGGUUAAUUAGAUAAAAAAUAAUUGAUGGUACAUAAGAAUUCAGUUCAGUUCUUACAAGAAUUUGAGUUCGAAUUCUGCUUUCAAUGUGAUCUCAUUGAUACGUAAUACAUUAAUUG